UACUGUAAGGGCGGAUUCACUGUAAGAGUUGACCAUCUAAAGUGACACCAGAAGUUUAGAGCUGUGUAGAAAUAUAAGUAGUUUAGAAGACGGGAUCUUACAUUGAGGUAAAAAAGUAUAAUUUUCAUUUACAACAAACCUUUCUUUAAACACUGUGCUACAGUAAAUCAUUUCGUAACUGUAUUUUUGAUCUUGAUCAGGGUGCAGUGAUGGCAAAACAUCAGAGAGCAGCUGUGACAGCAGUUAUGAACAUGAGUUUGUUUGUGCUGCUUCUGCUGUCAGGUUGGUGUCAUAAUUUAAAUGACACAGGUCUUUGGCGAGAGUAUCAGUACAUAAACAUAAGUAUGACAUGGACACAAGCUCAGAGUUACUGUAGACAUAGAUUCACUGAUCUGGCUACUGUAGACACAACGGAUGAUGUGAACAGGAUGGUAGAUUUAGUGAAUGAAACCGAUGGGUACAGAGGAUUAGUAUGGAUUGGACUGCAAACAAGUAUACAGAGCAAUUGGGUUUGGUCAAAUGGAGAAGAUAACAUUUCAUACAUUCCAUGGUACCCAGGACAACCUGAUGCUGGAGAACGUUGUGCUGCAUUUCUCAAUUAUUAUUGGUACAGUUUUGAUUGUGGAGCCACAUUUCGUUUUGCCUGCUACAAUGAAAGCACUAGAUACAUUAGAAUAUAUAUAGAGAAAAACUGGACAGAUGCUCAGAGUUACUGCAGACGGUAUUACACCGAUCUGGCCACUAUACACAACUCUCAAGAGCAGCAACAGAUACGUGCAGUUGUUGGAGAUGGUUUUUACUGGAUGGGUCUGUACAUAGAAUUUUGGCAGUGGUCUGAUCAGUGGAACCUCACCUUUAGAAACUGGGAAGCAGGACAACCAUUCAUAAGAUCUGGUGACUGUGUUGCCAUGUCAACAAUUAAUUCUGGUAAAUGGGUUCGAUACAGCUGUUACCAAAAGUACCCUUUUGUCUGCUAUGGAGAGGACAGGCUAUUUUCAAGACAGAUUGUCAAACUGAACUUCUCCAAUGUUGGAAAUCAGAACUUGAAUGAUCCUUCUUUACAGACUGCCAUUCUGUAUAAGAUAAAUGAAAAGCUAAAGAGCGCUGGGCUGAAAUUCUCACACAUAAGCUGGAAAACGGAUCAAGGUGGAGAGGUGUUUCAUCUCAACAGCAAACGUGCAGUGAAUUCAAGUACUACAUGUGAUGCGAACGUUCCACUUGAAAAUUAAACAAGCCUCAAGAAAAUAUAAACAAUACAUAUUUCAUGUUGCUAUACAUAUAUUUGCAAAUUACAUUAAUAAUUAAACAAUUACAAAAGAUGUAAUUGUAACAAAGAUGUAACAAAGUAGUAAAACUUAAAGUAUUUUUUACUUUCUUUAUCUAAAAUCCUGUGUCUACAGAGCUAGUGUGCACAUCACAUCAUAUUUUGAAAUCCCAGCCCUGUUUAAAUUUGCUUAUGUAAAGUAAUUUGCACUGAGAUUACAAUGCAACCUAUACAAGUUGUACGUAUUUUAUGAAGUGCCUAAUUUAUCUUAAUUUGUACAACCACAUUAAUGUUUGUUCCCCUGCUACAUUGAGGUUCGGUGCAAGGUUAGGGGUUGGAUUUCAUUAUUGUUUAAAUCCAUACGAAAGAUCCAACUCGUACAUUUUUUACAAAUUCUUUUGAGAUCAGGCUGGGAUUAUCAUUAUUCCUGCAUGUUAUUCUUACAAUAAAAAAAGUUGUGAACUCUUCCCAUUUUCAUGUAAUACUUAGACAUGUGGAGCAGUGCAAUACACUGCUCUUUAAAUAUCAAUUGUUAGAAUGAAAUCAUUUUUUUAUGUAAAAUCAGCAUAAUAAUAUUUUUUUUGGAAUUAAUAAUAAUCUUGGGAAAUAGUAUGAAAGUACAUUGUAUAUUUAUAUUUAGAGUAGCAAUUUAACUAAAAAUGUUUUCAUUUAAAAAUUUAUCAUUUAAAGGGGACAUAUCAUAAAAAUCUGACUUUUUCCAUGUUUAAAUGCUAUAAUUGGGUCUCCAGUACUUCUGUCAACUUAGAAAAUGACUGACUGCCGUAGGCUGAAAGUAAAUGUUGCUGUGUUAUAUAAAAAUUAAAGUUGCCAGGAUUCUCCUAAUUUAUACUUUUCUAAUAUUUAAAAAAUAAAUAAGCACUGUGAAUGUUUAAUCUGUGUUUUCAAAAAAGACACAAGAAACUAGAAUGAUUUGUGUGUUGUCAGUUUAUGCACAUUGUUUUUGUCUAUUGUUGGGACCUAGAUGAGGAUCAGAUCACAAUUUAUGGCAA